AUGUUAAAUCUUAUUCCCAAAAGAAUCCCAUCAACCUCUUUGCUUUAUGGGAAAAGACCAAUCCAAAGGAUCCAAGUUGGGAAAGAUAAACAUGUUUUGGAAUUAUGUUUAAGCGAUAUAAACUCGAUUUAUAAUGAUAUUGACACAAGUACCGAAUUACAAAAUAAGGAUUAUAAUCCAUUAAAAUAUAGUAAAUAUAUAAAAUACAAAAUGUCUGCUUUAUAUCUAAUUGAAACUUAUAAAAAUGAAGAGAACAAGAAAACAGCAUUAACAAAUGUUAAAUGGUAUUCUAAAAUUCGGGAUUAUUUUUUUAUAAAUUUCAGCAAAAAUCAAGUUGAAUUAAAAGAAAAGAUUGCCCCAAAUUUUUUCUACCCAAUUGAAAAGUGA